AUGGCGGAAUGCUUGAGGAGGAAAUUUGUCCAAAGUAUCAGCAGUCUUUUGUGCUGGGUGUCUGUGGGCGGAUCACCGACCUGGAUCGGCGAUGCGGUGGCCAACCGCUUCACCUUGCGGUGCAAGGAUGGACAGAGUUUCCGUUGCAUGGCGCCUUUGGAAGCCCACAGUCCAAGGCUUGCAGGCGUCUUGUCAGCCGUCUCCUUUCUGUGUCCCAAAGCUCUGGCCGAGUCCUUGAUGAGCGACGUGCAGGUUUGGUGCAUUGUUGACGGCUCCGGUGGUCGCGAGAAUGAGGAUGAAGAUGAGGAAUGGUGGCGUUUCUGUGAGCUAUUUUUUUGCCUCUUGGAACAGGCUUUAUCCGAAGUGGCUCCUGGCAACUCACCGCCCUACAAGCGUUUGCGGAAGACGCCGCCAUGUGAUGAGGAGAUGGGAUCCGAUUGGGAUUGGCUGCUGGGAAGUGACGUGCACGCCCACGAGCGUCAUCGGUUCCGCUAUUCGGGACUUAAGGCUUCACAGGAGUUCAAACCCCACCCUGAGCACAGGACUGGUGCGGAGCCGGAAGCAGGAUCUUCUGAAAGGACUUCAGAGCUGUGGCAAAGCGAGUUGCUGACCAAGACGGAGCUUUUCAGGCAACACCUGGAGGACCUUUUCAUGUCCUUCCACUUGUUGUAUGAGGAAUGGAAGUUGCAUUCCUUGCAGGCUCGGUUGCUAUCCUCCAUGGCCUCCUUCCUCCAUGCCACGGCCAAGCGUUUGAAGUUGCCGGCCUUCGAGGAACACUAUGCCAAGGACUUCCCAAAUGUCACGGGUGUUGCCACCAGAUUGGGCAGUUAUGGCGCCUGGCUCUGGCAAAAUGCCGCAGGA